AUGGUUAUAACCCGUUCACAUUAUCAACAAUUAUUUCAACAAGAAGCAAAACGAUUAACUGAUAUCAAUAUUGAAUUUUCUCCUUAUUCCGAAUUUUCUGUCAAUCACAUUGUUUAUCAUCCAGCAUUUUUAUCAGUUAUGGAAGAGCAAGUUAUGAAUACUUUAGCUAAAGAACAAAUUAGAAAUCUUUCUAAAUAUGGUGGUGCUCCAGAUGAAGAUGUUAUUAAAUGGAUACAAGAUAUAGAAGCAGUAUCGGAUCGAGCACAAUUACAACCAUCAAAUAAAUUUAUUGCCAUACAAUCGUAUCUCACUGAUGCUGCUGAAAAAUGA